AUGGCGAUAAGUGGAGGGGAGGUGGCCAAGCAUGCCACGAAAUCCUCCUGCUGGAUUGUGCUUCACAACAAAGUAUGGGACGUCACAGACUAUCUCUCAGCACAUCCCGGCGGUGAGCAGCUGUUGGCUAGGCUUGCCGGCCAGGACGCAACUGAGGACUACGAUGCGAUGCAUAACCCUGACCUUGUAGCAUCCAUCCUCCCACCAUCAUCCUGUAUAGGGGAAUUUGACACUUCAACUACCCACAAGCUCAAGCAGCGGCCCCAGAAUCCCGAGAUAAACCACACUUCAGAACCGGCCAAGGCAGACCAUCUAUCACUAUCUUCGAUCAUCAGCGUGGACGACUUUGAAAUUUCUGCCCAGAAGCACCUCAGUCCUACGGGCUGGGCCUACUACGCAUCUGGUGCUGAUGACAUGUACAGCAUUGCAGACUGCCGACGAAUCUUUCGCCUCAUGAAGCUUCGCCCGCGAGUACUGCGUGAUGUAUCUGCAGUAGAUACGACCGUGUCGAUUCUUGGCCAUCAUUCAUCAUUACCAGUGUACAUCUCCCCGACUGGCUUGGGGAAGUACGCGCAUCCAGAUGCAGAAUGUGCUUUGGCACGUGCAGCCGGCAAAGACAAGAUUAUUCAGGUGGUGCCAACGGCGCCUAGCAAGGGGCACGAAGAGAUAACGGCAGCAGGUAAUGCGCAUGGGACGACCAUGAUGUUCCAGUUGUAUGUCAACCAGGAUAGAACGAGAGCCGAAGCCACGAUCAGAAGAGCCGAAGAACUAGGAUACAAAGCGAUUUGGGUUACGGUUGACUCGCCGGUACUAGGGAAGCGCGAGAUGGACAAUCGACUCAAAGCUAAGGAGGGGACCUUCAAUACCUCUGCUGGUGUCGCAAAAAGCAGUAGCAGCGGCUUGCUGAACCCAGCUCUGGUCUGGGAAGAUCUUGACUGGAUCAGAAGCAUUACCAAGCUGCCAUUGGUUUUGAAGGGUGUCCAGAGCGUUGAGGAUGCGGUAAUGGCAUACAAAAGGGGUCUCAACGGCGUAGUACUUAGCCAUCAUGGAGGCAGAAGUAUCGAUACCGCCCAAGCACCACUGGUCACGUUGCUGGAAAUUAGGAGGUACGCCCCGCAUCUGCUGACAAAGAAGGCACCGAAUUAUGGGCAACGGAAGUUCGAAGUGUAUCUUGAUGGUGGCGUUCGACGGGGGACGGAUGUCGUUAAGGCUCUGGCUCUCGGAUGUACAGCAGUGGGGAUUGGAAGGCCAUUCCUGUACUCGAUGACCGGUGGCUAUGGUGAGGAGGGUGUCGGGCAUCUGGUCUCGCUGCUACGAUCUGAGAUAGAGACCAACAUGGCCCUCACUGGAGCCAGCAAGGUAAAGCAUCUGGAGCCGGGCAUGGUGAAUUCGAAAAGGGUGGAAAUGGAGGUCAUCGAUGGCGGUUUAGUAAAACUGUGA